GUGAGACGCGCGUUGCAGAACCUAACAAGUAGUAGGAGUUCAGCUGAUCCUGUUUACUUUACGUGAAAGGGAUUAUUCCAUUGUAUUGGUGGAAGAAUUCCUUGUCAGUCAGCAUUCAAAGGGGUUAAUAGCGCUUACGGAAGAAUUGCCGUAAACCAUAGAUGGCCGAUUGGAUAAUUCAACAACACAGAGGAUUCCCUAGGUGAAUGGGAGCUCCGGUCGUUAACCCCUUAAUGUACAAACAGCGUGGAGGAUUGUUGGUUCCUUUUUCCUUCCCUCUAACUUAGAGGGGUCAGUGAUCCUCAACAUGAUGCCAGGAGAGACUCACUCCAAAGCAGGUGGCAUUGCUUCAGAGGCAGCAGGGACCUGUCAAAACUGCACAGCUUUACAGCAGAAUUUAAAUGAAUAUGUAGCUGCUCUAAUUGCCCUGAAGCAAAAAAUAAUCGAUUCUGACCACCUGCUUACGGAAUACCAACAGAAGUGUGAUGAGCUUCAAUUUUCUGAAAGGGAGAAUGACACCCUGCGACGCCAGCUGGAACAGAUGUUACAGAAAAUGUCUUGUCAGGACCACAACACUCAGGAGCUGCAGUCCUUAAGAGAGGAGCUGGAAGAAAAAAUGUGCACUCUCAAGAUUUAUCAACAAACACAAUUGGAAUAUACGAAAGUCCAAGAAGAAUGUGCUAAAAGUGAUUUGGCAAAAAAGAAACUGGAAGUGAAGUUGAAGAAGAUGGAAGAGGCUGCCACAAGGCAAUUUCAAGAUUUAAAAAAAUUAAAACAUGGAAAAAGGAUGUUGGAAAAAGAACUGAAGAAGGCACAGAAAAGACUUAGCGUUUAUCAAAGAAAACAUGUGAGAAGUCGGAAAGCAAUGAAACAUGCCCAGACCCAGAUUGUAAAUGAGCCUGUUAUGAAUAUGGAAAAGAAGCGAAAAAUGAAACUCUUAUUACAAGAAGUAUUGGCCUGCCUAGACUCAUCAGAUAAACAGAAUGAUACACAAAUAUUAGAUGAAGAUCAGUGCAGAGUUCCAGAAAUAAAAUUAAGAUCAGGCAAAUACUUUGGAGUCCUUUUUAACCAAAUACAUAUAUUUUUCUUUACAGAAAGAAAUAUUAUAAGUAAAGGUAGAAAACAGAAGAGCGAUACAGAUUGUACAAUGGCUCCAAGUCAUAGCAGCCCUUUGUUUAAUCCAGUCCUUAGUAAUACAACAGCAUUGUCUGUUAUCAAUGUACCAUCUGAAUCUAGCAGAACAAGAAACUCCAAGAACAAAAGUUUUGAAGAAACUGCAGCAGACUGCAAUGGGGACAGUGCUUUUUACGAGGAUAAAACUGCUGACCUUUCUGUACCCAGAGAUUUAAUUGAUAGCUACACAGAAGUUCCAGAAAUUGAUUAUACAGAGACUGAUGAAUUCCUUGCCAUUUUGGAAUGGGCAAGACCUCUUCCACCUCUCUUGUCUCCAGUACAGUUUUCUCCAUCUGAUACAAAGGGUGGUCUUUUUGGAGAAUUUACAGAUUCUAGUGAAGAGGACAGCUCUGUUAAAUUUUCACCAGAUGCCACAAUGGAUUACCAGAAUUCAGAAGUGAACACUGCCUCUGUCCCAGAGCAAGAUGAUGUUGCUGACACUUCAACAUUUGAUACUUUUAAGAAUAUAAAUAAAGAUGGUGCCAUUUCAGUCACUACAGAAAGCUUAACCAACAAAGCAGGGGUUUGCUCUACUUCUGAAAACAUCAGCCAAACCUAUGAAAGUACAGAUGUUCUGAAUGAAAAGCAAAACCAGUCUGAAAACCAUAUUCCUAUGUUGCAAACAAAAUCUUCAUCUUCUUCCUCUAUUAAUAUAUUAAACGAGUCUAACAACUCUAUCGGCUUGGACUGUGGAAAUGUGCCAACAGAUGUUAUUGAUAGCAGUAAAGACAACAGAGAGUUGUCAGUGAUGCAAACAGAAGAUCAAGGUAUUUCUUUAGAUAAUUUAGAUGACAUGGAGUUCAGUGGCAAUGAACACUCUGCACUAAUAGAGAGAGCCUCCUCAAACCCUGUACUUAACAGUAACAUAAAGAACAUUUUGUCAGUUGAGCAAACACAUAAAGCAUUAAGUGUUACUGUUUUGGUUGAGGACUUGGAACAUAAAGAAGAGCCCAACAAAGGUGUCAGUGUAUUAACAUCAGUCGACUUGUCUGGAAAAAGUGUUACCAUUUCGGUUCAUGACAUGGAACAUAAAGAAGAGCCCAACAAAGAUGUCAGUAGCUUAACAUCAGAUGAAUUGUGUGCAGCGAGAGUUACUGUUUCGGCUGAGGACUUGGAACAUAAAGAAGAGCCCAACAAAGAUGUCAGUGUAUUAACAUCGGAUGACUUGUGGGGAAAAAGUGUUUCAGUUGAGAAUGUGGAACAUAAAGAAGAUCCCAACAAAGAUGUCAGUGUAUUAACAUCAGAUGACUUGUGUGGAAAAAGUGUUACUGAUUCGGUUGAGAACGUGGAACAUAAAGAAGAGCCCAACAAAGAUGUCAGCGCCUUAACAUCAGAUGACUUGUGUGGAACGAUUGUUACUAUUUCGGCUGAGGACUUGGAACAUAAAGAAGAGCCCAACAAAGAUGUCAGCGCCUUAACAUCAGAUGACUUGUGCUCAGAAAGUGUUUCGGUUGAGAAUGUGGAACAUAAAGAAGAGCCCAACAAAGAUCUCAGUGCAUUAACAUCAGAUGACUUGUGUGGAAAGAGUGUUACUGUUUCAGUUGAGGAAUUGGAACAUAAAGAAGAGCCCAAUAAAGAUGUCAGUGUAUUAACAUCAGACGACUUGUGUGGAAAGGGUGUUACUGUUUCGGUUGAGGAAUUGGAACAUACAGAAGAGCCCAACAAAGAUGUCAGUGUAUUAACAUCAGAUGACUUGUGGGGAAAAAGUGUUGUGGAACAUAAAGAAGAUCCCAACAAAGAUGUCAGUGUAUUAACAUCCGAUGACUUGUGUGGAACGAUUGUUACUAUUUCAGCUGAGGACUUGGAACAUAAAGAGCCCAACAAAUAUGUCAGCGCCUUAACAUCAGAUGACUUGUGUUCAAAAAGUGUUUCGGUUGAGAAUGUGGAACAUAAAGAAGAUCCCAACAAAGAUGUCAGCGCCUUAACAUCAGAUGACUUGUGUUCAAAAAGUGUUUCGGUUGAGAAUGUGGAACAUAAAGAAGAUCCCAACAAAGAUGUCAGCGCAUUAUCAUCAGAUGACUUGUGUGGAAAGAGUGUUACUGUUUUGGUUGAGGAAUUGGAACAUAAAGAAGAGCCCAACAAAGAUGUCAGUGUAUUAACAUCAGAUGACUUGUGUGGAAAAAUGCAUGCACUUGUAAAAUCCAAGGAUACUUCAUGUAUAAGAGACAUUCCCACCCAUUGUGAUUUACCAAUAGAUAAGUUUCCACCUGUGGACAAAAGUAUUGGAGAGAACAAUAGCUUGUUAAUAGGUAAGGCUGUAGAUAACAACAGUAAUCAAAACAAAACUGCACAUGAGGAUGCUGAAAAAGAAGUUCAUAUUGUUGGACAACAAAAACACUGCAUAGAAUACACACAUUCUGGAGCUAAAAAUAAUCAUGUCUCUAAAGAAAACCAAGUUAUGAAAAACAUCUGUGCAACGGCCACAAAUGAAGCAUUAACUAAGAGCAGUGAAGAAAAUGCUCAGCCGUUUGACAACUCCACAGUUUUGUCUUCUAUAUUAGAAGAUGAUGAGUCUAUGCAGGAGCCAAUGGAAUGGGAUCCUACAGAAACAAAAGAUAGUGUUGUAGAAUCUGAAAGACAGUUAACAGAACAAUCAAACACAAUGUCAAAUGAACAAGAAACAUCUCAACUGUCUAAAAAUAGUGGCCAAAAACAUGAAGCAACUCUUAAACCUCAUGUGCCUGAAAGGACUUCUGAAGAUGUGAAUUCUACAUCCCCCAUAACUUCGGCUGCUGAUCAAGAUAAUGCAGACCAGCUAAUAAAUUCUUGUAACACCAAUAAUCAGAAAGUCAAAAAUUGUUCCAAAAAUCCAGAAUCUGUCAAUUGUGCAUAUGAUACUCAACAAGAUAACUGCAGUAAACAGAAGCAAAUGUCUGAGGAGUAUAUAGUCUCUGACCAAAAUUAUGAAAAAACAGAAUAUUUGACUUGUAAUGAAUCUAAAUCUUCCAAGAGCUCAUCUAAAAAGAAUAAGCAGAACUCUGUUAUAGGUCCACUCCUUGUUCAUACAGUACAUGACCAUUUAACUGAAAUUGACACUGUACUGGAAAAUAAAAUAAGCAAUACUGCUGAACCUAGUGUUGAGGCUAUAGUACUUAAGAACAGUAUUAACAUUUCUUACAAUUUUCCUGUGCCUACCAUAGAAGAAAUAACUAAUAAGCUAAUGGCAAUAGACCUUACCACUUCCAUUAACAACACUAAAAGUUCUUCCAAAUCUGCACCAUGCAUAUUACAAAGUAAAAGUGACUCUUUAAAGAACUGUAUCAAAGAUAAGCUAUGUUCUCCAGUGAGUAACGAAUCGUUUCAUAAGAUUUCUUUACACACAGAUCCUGAAUGCACUGAAAAUACUACUGUUUCUCCUAUUUCUGAAGAGGUGAAUCCAACUUCUAGUGAACUGGUGGAAAUGGUUGUUCAUACUGAAAAGUGUGUCACAGUUAUUACUGAUAGCCCUUCACCUACCAAAAUUGUUAGCUCUGUAGAAAAGCAAAUAUUAGAAACAGAGCAGCAGAAUUCCGAUGAAGCAUCCACUAACGUUAAAGAAUCAUGCAUUGAAUUGGUUGCUUCUGAGUCAUCAGAAAACACUGUCCAUCGACUCUUUACAGCUGCUAGUCCAUGCACAGUGGAGAAAAAAGACAACGUUCUUGAACCCUCCAACAAAGACUAUUUGGAGUCUGUAGUUCAUGACGCCUUACAAAACGGUGAAACUAAAAUUUCGGAAGAGAAGUGUGACUUAAACAACACACAAAUCUACAGUAAAAAAUAUAUAAAUAAUGAGGUCUCUUCAGAUUCUAGUGAUGAAUCAGACGACUGUAUUCCUUUACGUAAAGUGAACUAUGGAAAUACCAGUACUCAUAAGUUGUCCAGAACUUCAAGUAUAAUAAGUAAAGACUGUUCACGCCUAGCAAUUAAUACAUUAAGUUGUAGUGGUAAUGAAAACUUAGUAGCUGACAGAAAAACAAAGAUGAGAGAUGUGACUGGACUAUGUGAAGAACACAAAAAAGAUGAUGUUAAAGUAAAUGAUAAAAAAGAAACCAAACAGAGUGAUAUCUCCUGUACAGCUUUAUGUUCUAAUAUUACAUCCAUGAAAGAGCUAGAUAACCAUUCUCCCCCAGUUGCUUUAGCACAAAAUGUUCCAGCCAAUAAUUGUGCUGAUAUGAAAGUUAAUACAUCAAUUCAAAAUGCUAUAUCUGCUACUUUGAAUACAGCAAUGAAGGAACAUGUUUGCAGGAAAGAUAUUACAGAAGAGGCUCCCAUUGAUACCAAAGCAGAAUCCUUUUUUAAAAAGGCUAAUGAACAACAGGAAGUUGACGUUUCUUUAUCAGAUAACUUGGAGUCUAACAAGAAUUGUGUUCAGCAGACAGAGCAAAAUGCUGAAGCAAACGACAACAUACAACUGCCUGGUAAAAACUUAAUCUGGAAUUUUAAAAUGUUUGACAAUUCUUCCUCAGUUGUUUUGACACCAAACGUUCCAGCCACUAAUUGUACCGAAGAAGAAAAAAAUCCAACAGUCAUGAAGGAAAAUAUUUCCCUUCAAGAAAAUACAGACGAGUCUCCUGUUGAUACCAAAUCAGAAUCUGCAAAUGAACAGGAAGCGGAACUUUCUUUAUCGGAUAACUUGCAGUCUAACAGCAAUUGUGAUGAACAGUCAGACCAAACCACUGAAGCAACCCACAAAAUACGGCUGCCUGGGAAAAACUUGAUCUGGAAUUUUAAAAUGUUUGAUGAUGAUGUUGAUCCUAGAGCACCACAUAAUACAUUAAAACGGCAAAAAGCAAAAGGUGAAAAUCGAAAGGGAAAAGAAAUGUUUAGAAAUCAUGAUGUAGUGCCUAAUGUAAAUGACCAAUCAUAUUCAAAUAAUUUUGAAAACUCGCUACCUAUUAUGCAGGCAAGAAAGCGAAACAGUCGUUCUUUUAAAAGUGUAACAAAGUGUAAAGGUAAUGUACAAAAUAAUCAGAUAGAACAAACUGUUUUAGCAAAUGCAGAUACAUCUACAAAAACAGAACAUUCACCAGAAACACUAAACAAAGUAAGGUCAGAAAUGGGUCCCCCACUCCCACCUUUACUGGGUCCUCUGAUUGCAACCCCUCCAAGAAGUCUGCCGCCUUUAUCACCAGUUAGGUCUUCCUCAAGUCGUUCAUCUUUGCCUUCCCCUCUUGAUGAUCUAAUAUCCCCAUUACGGAAAACUCCAGUGCCACCACUAGUGUCACCGUUGUCUGACAAAAAGAGAUACAAAUCUCCUAUGUUCACCACACCAUCUCCUUCAGAGAAAGCAAACCGAAGAAUUUUGUCUUCACCUUUACAGUUUUGUGCCGCCACGCCUAAGCAUGCUCUUCCUGUACCUGGUAGGCUUCCUCCAUCUGCAGCUGCAAAUUCGACACCAAACGUUCAGGAAAAUUCUGUUAAAAUUCUUGAUACAAUGUAUCCAGAGUUAUCUGCACGGGCAAGAACCUUGAACAUUCUCAAAGGAAAUAUUCAGCUUAACAGGUGCCUGCCUGGUGCCUCCAAGGCUAUGCCUGUUAACCAGAUAACAGGUUUCAAAACAAUUUCAUCCUCUUCUACUGCUUUCAGUAAAACUGGAAGUAACUCAAAAACAAACAAGGACAAACCAAGAGACACUGAAAGUCAGAGGACAUCCAGUAACUCUGCUCCCAAACGAGGGUUUGAAUCUGGCACAAUGCCUAAAAGUGCUAAAAGAUUACGACUGGAGUCUCCAGUCACAGAAACUCUCAAAGUGUCUUUAGUGUACCCUUCAAGUAAAUCUAUCUCAAAAGCACAGGGUACAUAUUGUAGUAGUGACAAACUGGUUCCUGAGAACACUGUUCCUGUUGCAAUUAAAGAUGAAGACACUGUGGCAAAUGCUCUUAAGAAAGUUGAAGAGUUAUGCUUUGACCUUCUGCCUGUAAUUAGAAGCCAUGUUUUUGUGGGGACCAUCCCUUCUGUUCCAGUUAUGCGAAACGAGGAGAAGGAAGUUAUAAGUGAAUUUAUUGGCACGAAAAAAAUUUUAGUGGACAAUUUCUUAAAUACUAUUCUAAUGAAACUUAAGACUGAAAAGGCAUCACUGGACCACAAUUAUCUACAGGCUCUCUGCAGAGUGUACGUAGGCCUAUGUCGUCAACUGGGAGACUUAGAAAGAGCCCGCAUUCUCUGCUACAGCAUUCUAAAAGAAGAUUUUCCAGAACCUGACAAGCUAGUCCUGUUUGUUAUUAGCACAUGGAGUGAUCUUUUGUCUGUACAUGGUGUGAUGAAUAAAGCAAUGCAUGCACUUCUUAAACAGAUCACAGAAGGAGAGGUUCUGAAAUGCCUGAGUGCUUAUCUGAACUGGGAAAAGACUCCACCUGUAUCCGUGAGCAUUGUACUCUCUAGUGUGUUAAUGGCUGUACAGUUCUGUCCUGAUGUAAAAUUCCAACAUAGUGAAAAGUUUGGCGAAGACUUGACUGACAGCAUAUGGGAGUAUGUUUUUGCAGUCGAUCUCUUGUGCAACUAUCAGAAAUGGAUAUGGAGUCAUGACAAUGUCAUAAGCAAAGAGCUUUGGCCAAUUUUGGAUAAAUGGGUGAAACGUAAGAAGGGUAAUAUAACCGUUCCAUUUGUCCCUGAUGUCAUUGUGGCUACUGUCCUCCGCAUGGUUGGAUAUUUAUGUCGAAUGGGUUUAAAAGAAGGAUUUAUGACGGCUGUGAAGAAUAUCAGCUCUGUUAUUGUUGCAUUUAUUCAACAUGCAAAAGAAGAAGAUAUGCCCUGGGGUGUGCAGUUGGCUGCUGUGUAUAUGCUUUUUGAUCUUGCUCCCAGUGACUCAGAUGUUAUACAUCAAACAUUACAGGCAUGGCGAAAAACGGCGACCAAUAACAUCCCUCCAGCUGUCACUACUGGCCUAACAAAUCUUGCAUCAAUGUGUUCUCUAGAAGACAAAGCUGUUUUUCACAAUAAGCCCUGAUUGCUUAAGAUGCCAGAAAAAAUUACCUUUUUGCAACAAAAGGGUGUUGGAAGUGCCUUUUUUUAUGCACUUUGUUCUAGAAGGAAAAAGCCAUUAACCAUGUAUAUCUUUUUCAUGUUGUAACUAUUUUUUUUAUGUUUUUGUAAUAAUGAACCACAAAAAUCUCAGCAAAUUUGUAAAUUAACAUGUGUACUUAUGUAAAUUUUUGUAAAAUAAAUUGAGGGAAAUGCCUUUUCUGAGAGAUUUUAACAAAAUCUUAAACAUGCAGUCUACCCAAAGCCCAGCUUGAAUUAAUGCCAGAGAUAUGUUACAGGUAUUAUACAAGGCAAGUGUGUUUACCAACUGCAAACACCCGUGUACAUGUUUACCAGCGUGUAUGACAUUUACUGCUCUGUUUCUGUACAAUGUCUGCCUUUUUUGAGGUUGAUUUUAUGUAGACUGGCCAAUAAAAAACUAUUAAAUUAUUUACAUUUUUUAUGGUUGGACUGUGGUAAAAUGGCAUACAAACUAAUAUAUCAUUUUUAUUUCUUUAUAUUUUAAUUUUUUUCAAUUAUCGGACUGCCCUAUUUGUCUCUGGUUUAGAACAAUGGAAACAACAGUAAAUGUGUUAAGUAUGCCUUGCAUUUUUACUUAGGUACAUUGGCCUCCAUUAGGUCACUUACUAACUUAGGCUUCUUUCAACAGACUAAUAUAUUCAAUAUCACAAACAUAUUAGAAAGUAUAGCUACAUUAAAAAUCACUGGAAUGCUAUAUUCUGUAUAUACUAUCCUGCUUGAGUGAAUUUCCUUGUUGCUUAACUGCUAAGUUCUACCAACUUUUAACUCACAUUUUAGUUCCUCCAUCUAUCUCAAAAUGCGGACAAGUGUACAUUCUCAGUAUGAGCAGGAUUAUACACAUGCAACACAUACAGGCUGGUCUCUUCAAUGUAUGGUAUAUGUAUGAUAGCCUGAAAUUAGGAUAGUAUUGUAAGGUGGAAAUUAAAUUUUCUGUUCAGUUACUUUUUGUUUGUUCUUGAAGUUUAUUCUACUGCUUAAUUUACAUCUCAUAAAAUGAGUACAAAAUUAAUGAAAAAAGUUUUUUGUGUACUGUAGCAGACAAAAAUACUGCAACUCUUUCUACCCGACUAACCUACUUUUUCCAAUGUCUGUUUUUACAAGCUGUAGGAUCUUGUUUGGCACUUAUUUUUCUGUUGACUGUAUGAUAUCCAGAAAAUGUUAAUUGUACAUUUAAAUUAAAAUAAUAUAAAAAAAAUAAAAAAAGAUUCAUAGAGAUCACUGAGGAAUCCCUGUGAAGGAUGUGUAGUAUAGGCCUAUAAUGUGAGUCACAUUUAAUGUUGUUCCGCUUUUGGAAUUUUAUUUCCUGUAAAUAAAAUUUGUCUAUAACUGAUUUACCCAACUUUAUUUUGAUAUUGUUUAGCAUGCAUCUAAGAUGUUGUGUUUUUUUUGUUUGUUUUUUUUAAUAAAAAUGGAAACAAAUUAAGUUGUCA